AAAAAACUCUCAACCGUUGAUUCACAGACAAAUUUCUCAUCAUCUCUCUCGUCUCGUCUCCUCUCCUCAGCUCGCCGGAUCUCCGUUGUCUUCUUCCUCUGGGCUCCGUUUACCUCAAUCCCCUGUUUUAUUUUGAAGACUCCGUGGCAUAUACGCGACUCUUUGAGUCCCUAGUCAAAGCGAUCGCCAACUAUUCCCCUCUUAUCUAAUGUCUUUCUUUAGGGUUUCCUACACAAUAUGAGCUAAAUACGAUUUGAUUUCACCCAAAGUCCUCCCCUCUGUUUUUUGCUCGCCCUUGCUGGGUUUUCUUUUCCGGCCUAUAUGGAAACGCCCGGAUCCAAUCAUGACGCCUUCAGGGGUUCUCCUCGUAGAAACUCCAUCCUCUCUGCUUCUAACAUCAUCCAAGCCCCCAUAUCAACCUUGUUAGAGUAUUCAGGUCUCUUUCGAACAAGGCCAAGUCCUAGUCCUGAGGCUGAAACCUUGGUUAGUGAUGAUUCUGCUGCUAUCUCCAAUGGGGAGGUUGCCAUUAGGAUCAUUGGAAACGGCGAGCAGGAUGCUGACAACGCUCUCAGGGAUUCUGGUAGCCAUGUACAGGCUGAAGUUUUGGGCUCUGCUACUCAGGUUGAUCCCAUGGCUGCUGCAGAAGCUGCUCCAGCUGAAUCUCUUCCUGGAGAUGCCGCAAGCCGGGAUUCACCUUACCAAAGAUAUGAUAUUCAGCAAGCUGCACGCUGGAUUGAGCAAAUUCUUCCCUUUUCUUUGCUUCUGUUGGUUGUUUUUAUCCGCCAGCAUUUGCAGGGGUUCUUUGUUGCAAUUUGGAUUGCUGCUGUCAUGUUCAAGUCAAAUGAUAUUCUCAAGAAGCAAACAGCGUUGAAGGGUGAGAGGCAUAUUUCGGCAUUAAUUGGCAUCUCUAUAGCGUUUACGGCCCAUGUUGUUGGUGUUUAUUGGUGGUUUCGGAAGGAUGACCUCUUGUAUCCCUUAAUCAUGCUGCCUCCAAAGUCCAUACCACCUUUCUGGCAUGCCAUUUUUAUCAUAGUGGUGAAUGAUACACUUGUCCGGCAAGCCUCAAUGAUUUUCAAGUGUUUUCUCUUGAUGUACUACAAGAACAGUAGGGGUCGAAACUAUCGUAAACAGGGCCAAUUGCUAACUUUGGUUGAAUAUUUGAUGCUUCUCUACCGCUCUUUACUGCCUACCCCUGUAUGGUACCGUUUCUUCUUGAACAAGGAUUAUGGAAGCCUCUUCUCCUCUCUUAUGACGGGAUUGUAUCUUACUUUCAAGCUCACUUCGGUUGUUGAGAAGGUUCAAUCCUUCUUUACGGCAUUGAAGGCUUUGUCACGUAAAGAGGUGCACUACGGAUCAUAUGCAACUACAGAGCAGGUAAAUGCGGCAGGCGACCUGUGUGCCAUCUGCCAGGAAAAGAUGCACACCCCAAUUCUUCUUCGCUGCAAACACAUGUUUUGCGAAGAUUGCGUUUCAGAGUGGUUUGAGAGAGAGAGGACGUGUCCUUUGUGCAGGGCCUUGGUCAAACCAGCAGAUCUUAAAUCCUUCGGUGAUGGAUCCACCAGCCUCUUCUUCCAGAUUUUCUGAUUAGAACACAUACACGACUACACAGUAAAAAGAAAAAGACCCUCAAGACUCACAUGCUCACUCGAUAGAUUUCUUAGAGAGUAUUUCUAUACAAUGCCAUUCAAGCUGUGAACGAAAGAUAAAGACACCACUGAUGCCUUGAGAUGUUUAUACAAUGUCAUUUGUUAAUAUGAAAUCACCUUUAUA